CUGCCGCCGCCGUCGCACGUGCAGCCGCUUCUGGCCGUGGUGGCCUGUAUUCGCCUGAACCUGCGGCUGGGCGCCGGCCAUGGCGGCACCUGCGGCGGGGACGCACGUGUUCCUGGAGGUGCGGAGACGGCUGCAGAGCGCGCUGCUGAUCCUGGGGGAGCCUAAAGAAGGAGGUAUGCCCAUGGAUAUUUCUCUAGCGCCCUCCUCACUCCAGGUGAAGACCCCGGAAGGCUGCACAGAGCUCCGGUUUCCAGCAGAGGUCAGGCUCGUGCCUUCCUCCUGCCGCGGGCUGCAGUACGUCCCGGGAGAUGGACUGCACCUGCGGCUGCAGGUGCGGGCAGAACCCGACAACACCAAGCUGAUUUCAAUGUUUAAUCAAAGCUCACAAGCCCAAGGAUGUUGCACAUUUUAUUGCCAGUCCUGCGGUGAAGUCGUAAUAAGGGACAGGAAGCUCCUCAGGGUACUCCCAUUGCCGAGUGAGAAUUGGGGAGCUCUAGUUGAAGAAUGGUGUUGUCAUCCUGACCCCUUUGCUAAUAAGCCACUUCAUCCACAAGAGCAUGACUGUUUUAUUGGAGACUCUUUCUUCUUGGUGAAUUUAAGAAGUGAUUUAUGGCAGCCAAGACCUGAACUAGCCCCAGUGGAGACACAAUGUCCUUCUUCUGAGAGCCAUUUUAAACUGAUUCUUAAUACACAGUGGCUGUCCAGUAAAAGACAAAAAUUGGUCCCUUUUGGGAAGAAACCAAAGGCAAAUACCAAAGUAAUUUGUAAGCGUUGCAAGGUAAUGUUGGGAGAGACCAUGUCAUCAGAAACCACCAAGUUUUUUAUAACAGAGAUAAUUAUUCAGCCGUCUGAAAGAAAUUUUUCCAUCGUACCAAGGUCUCAGUUUGUACAGAACGUUAUCGCCCAGUGUCUGGUGGAACUCUCCUCUGCUAGAAGCACUUUUAGAUUCACUAUUCAAGGUCACGAUGGCAAAGUGUACAUCUUGCUGUGGCUUUUAAACUCAGACAGCUUGGUGAUUGAAUCUUUGGGAAGUUCCAAGAGUAUCAAAAAAUUCCCCCUGUUGGAAGAUAUCUUGAAGGCAGAUUCCAGUUCUGCCUGGAAUGCUGUCAAGGUCCUCUAUCAGCCAUGCAUCAAAAACAGGAAUGAAAAGCUUUCCAGUGCUUGGGAAAGUGAUAUCAGCAUCCACUCUCUAACCCUGCCCUCUGCAACCUGCUUGGAGCUUCUGUUGAUAUUAUCAAGGAAUAAUGCCAUGCUGCCGCCAUCCCUUCGCUCUGUGAAUUCCUUUCAGGUGGCCUUUUUGAAGAUGUAACCGUUGGUUGGAGCCAAGGCACCCUCCCUGGCAUGCAGCUCUCCAGGCCGGAGGCCAGCGUUCUGCAUGGCGGGCAGUCAUCACAGACGCAAGAACCCAAGCUCCAGAAUAAGAGUGUUGCAUGAAGUUGAGAGUUGACUUGUUGGCAUAUUGUCUCUAAGAGAAGAGUUCACUUCAAAUCUUUGAAGAACCAAGGCUGUGAAGAAAGUUGUAGUCGCAGAGAAGUUAUGUCUCUGUUUCCCACUGAGAGGAAUAGCCAAAUAUGUGCUGUGUCAGCAGCACCUGGGAGGGUAUUUGCUCCUGGAGUCCCGUCUGUCCUUUGGGGGAUGGAGUGAGGGACUCCGUUGGUGGAACUGAAUGUUAACUGCUAUGCAUCCAGGCAGGUAGACUUAACAAACUUCCCAUUCGGUUUGCUGGAAACAAAUUUUUAGAAAGAAAAAUAGAGAAUUUUGUAUACCUUAUUCGGAAGAGAUGCUCUGUGAAUAAAUGUGUGUUGAAUGAAUGAUUAACAAAUUGAAGGUUUUCCUGUGUAUGCAGACCUGCACUUGUUCCUUUUGUUCUUUAUUUCCUUUACCAAAUACUAUUGCCUAUCCACAAAUAGACCUCGCCGGCCUCCUGUUACAGAAGUAUCUUAGUCCCUGUGUGCCAGAGCACCUGGAGAGGAGACCAUGGAUGGAGAAGGACAGAGCUAGAGGGAAUCCUACAGAGCACGGGUGAGCUGCUGAUUUCACAGAGAAGGUUCGAUCCUCGCCUGUCGUCACCGGCUCCGGGCAGAGCUGGAACGGGAGCCGGAGCUGGGCAGAUCUCCUUUCCCACUCUGCAGUCAGGAGAACCAUCUGCAUGUAAACUGUACUGGCUGCUCAUCCAGCCUGUUGGCGUUCAUCUGAGCCUGCAGACCACCUAAUACCUCUCUGCGCCAAAUACUCAGGGUUUUACCUCCCCUAAUUUCCUAACACUCAAAACACCGGUGUCCCUCAGACUUGUGCUUUGGUG